GAGCGACCAUCAAUCAGGAAAAAAAACCCGGUGUAUUUUGGUCCAUCGCGUCUACUCGGUGGCGGCGGCGGCGGCCCGUGGAUUCUCAGAGGAAGCCGGGGGCUGGAUUUCAAAUGUCGCAGGGAUGUGCUGAAAGCUUGAUGAUGACAAGAGGAAGAAGAGGAGAGACCUGGAGUGAGCCCUUCCUGGCCCAGUACAGGUUUUAAUUAGACCUCUGCAAAACCAGUUGAAGUCUGUGGUCAGGAGGUGAUGGCAGUGCUAACUGAGCUUCACCAUCGCUCCUACCUAUUCCUACAGAUGGACAUCCACUUCAUGCACGCCUGAGCCUGCACUCAACCCUGCCUCCUUCCCCUCCUUUCCUUCUGCCCAUCCUUACUCAUUUCCCACCUCUUCCUCCACCAAACUUAUCAAGCUACCACUUGCUGUCCCCCCAUCUCUCCUCUUAAACCCUCCACCCGUACCCCCCCACAUUGAAUUUCACUGUACUACACGAUCUUACUUUAUUAUGGCGUGCUGUGGGCGCUCUCUGGACUCUCCGUGCACACUAGCCUUGCUGGUGGGCUUCCAGUUUGCCUUUGUUCUCUAUUUCUCCCUUGGGGGCUUCAGAGGUCUGGUGUCUGUCCUGGUGCACACCACAGAGCCAGAGUUUGAUUACUCUCGGCCUCACGACGUCUAUACCAACCUUAGUCACCUGGGAGUACCGCCUCCCCCGCCUCGCAACUCUGGCACUGGACCCCCUGCCACGGGACCACCACUGAGAGACUGCCAGAUCCCCUCCCCACUGCUGGUCGGACCUGUGUCUGUCCAUCUUUCCUCUCCUCUGUCCCUGGAGGAGAUCAGACAGAGGAACCCGUUAGUGUUGCCAGGCGGACGCUACCGACCUCCAGACUGUGAACCUCGCCACCACACAGCAAUAGUGGUACCGUACCGGAACCGGCAAACCCACCUCCGUGCUCUCCUCUACCACCUCCACCCCUUCCUGCAAAGACAGCAGAUCCACUACAGCAUCUAUAUAGUACAGCAGUGGGGGAACGGUACUUUCAACCGAGCCAAGCUGCUAAAUGUUGGAGUACGGGAAGCCCUCAGAGAUGAAGACUGGAGCUGCAUCUUCCUGCAUGAUGUUGACCUGCUGCCUGAGAAUGACCACAAUACCUACACCUGCCACAAGCAGUUCCCCACACACCUGUCUGUGGCCAUGGACAAGUUCAGAUACAGGCUGCCGUACCCACAGUAUUUUGGUGGGGUGUCUGCAGUGACCCCAGACCAGUACAUGAAGAUGAACGGCUUCCCUAACCAAUACUGGGGCUGGGGUGGAGAGGAUGAUGACAUUGCAGCCAGAGUACGUCUGUCUGGCAUGAAGAUCAUGCGCCCUCCAGUGGCCAUUGGUCAUUAUAAGAUGAUUAAGCAUAAAGGAGACAGAGGCAAUGCGCAAAACCCACGCAGAUUUGACCUUCUGAAAAGGACCAGACUCAACUGGCGCUCUGACGGCCUCAACUCUCUGACCUAUGAGCUCCUUUCCAAAGAGCUGGAGCCUCUCUACACCAACAUCACUGUCAACAUUGGUGAAGACCCCCAUCUGCCCCAGGGGAAAGCACCCAUCCUUUUGAAAACAACAACCCCUGUCCACCUACUUAGCAUCAGCAAGACCGAAGACACAGCAAAAGAGGAGAAGAGGCAAGAGGCCAAACGGGCUGUUGUGGCAAAUAUGACUGUGGCCAAGCCGGUUGGUGAAAAGACAGAACCUACCCAGUCAAAGGCAGCGAAUCAAACAACACAGGAGAAGACAGGUGUGAUGAAACAGGAUGAGGUGUAUAAUAAAAGGACUGCAUCGCAUCUGUAGCUAAAAGUGGCUUCCCCCUUCAUUUUGAUCUGGAGGACAAAAUGGAGGAAAGCAGUGUAGAUCUAUUCUGUUGUGGGACAUAAAGCGCACAAGCUUUUUGGGCUCAGUGCAGGUUAGGGAUAGUUGAACACAACUGCGUCGCCCUCUUGGUUUAUCAUCCACUGAAUGUGACUUUUGGGUCUAGCGACUGACCCGGGUCUGUGGUCACGCUCAUGACUAGAUUGGGGCCAAGAGAAGAACAGUGAAGGACUCAGUCAUAUCCAUGUAAAGGUCCAUAACGAAAUGAAAAUGAGACCGCAAAUAUAUAAAUCUCUGCUCUUUUCCAGACGUCGCAAGUUGUAAGUAUCCCACCUGCUGCCAGCAGACCUGCAGCUUCAUCCAGUAUGUUCCCCAUAAAAACUACUGCUGUCAGUCCAUCCCACUCCAUGGUGGGUUUGUGUUUCUGUGCCUUCUGUCUUUUAUGCGUAUUUUAUAGACCGGUAUAGUUGCUUUUAGACACUGACCUGGGGGUUCAUUUUCCCCCUUUCUGUCUCGUGGCAAAUAUUAGAAAGCAGGGAGGCUGAAGCUGAUCUUAGAUGAGAACAAAGGAUUUGUUCCAGGACUGCCGUUUUAUAUUUGUGUGCAUUGAACAAGCGCUGACCAACUCCGUAGUUAUCAGACAAUGCUAGAGUUUAUAUUUAUAUAGAGAGACUUCUUUAUUUGUUUACAGAUUUGUUUUACUCGUCCUUCCUUACAGUCUGGU